CAAAACCAAACAACCGUCCACGCCCUGCAGAGCCAGAGAAGUUCCUCCGCAUUCCUGUCCAACAAACCCGCACACAUCAACACCACACUGAGUGAAAGCUGGGAGGAAGCACCGUCUGGAGCUGGACAGGAGUUUGCGGAGGGCCUGACGAAGGAGUGGAGAGCAGAACCACCCCAACAUCAUCAGCGCCCUACCAGUCUCACCAUGAGUAAGGCAGCUGAUGAUGGCGGUGUGCCUGGUGGUCCAGGUGAACCCGCCCAGCAGUUGGGUGGGGAGGCUGCGGGCGGGAAGCUGCCGAGCAAACUGAGCGCCUCCUCCUUUACGCCACGCUGGACCAAAGUCAGCUGCCCCUGCUGUGCCUCGGAGCGGGUCGAGCCUCUGGUUCUGGUGAAGCUCGGAAAGAAGGCCGUCCCCGAGACGAAACGCUGGCUCAUCAAACUGAUCGGCGCUCCUCAGAACGAUGGAGGUGCCGGGUUAUUGGCUCACCCAGGCGAGGACGCCACAGGUAACAUCAUCGUGUUGUCUGCGCCGCGCUGUACGUUACUGCGAGCCACAGAGGAGCUGGGUCUGUGCAAGAUCUACCACACBGGUGAAAUGGAGGCCUUCGCUUACAAHGACAGAGACAACUUCAGAGAUUCAGACAACAUGGAGGUGUUUCUAACGUCGGCUGAGCGACAGUACAUCAUAAAGUACGAGCUGGACGGUCUGCGGGCCCAGAAGGACCUGAGGAUACCCGGCCUGCCCGACAGCUGCACACUGCAGAAGAGAGACAACAUCUGGCAGAAGCUAGGACAAGCUGGCGUCGUCGUAGACACGUUUCCUCUCCACAACCCAGACAAGCUAAAGGACCUUAGUGAAUCUUGGUACUCUGGGAAUCAGCUGUCUCAGCCACUGGACAAAGUUAACGAGUAUUUUGGUAGUUCUGUGGCCUUCUACUUCAGCUUCCUCGAUUUCUACACCUGGUCUCUCCUUCCACCGGCAAUACUGGGCCUGUUCAUCGCAUAUUUCUCAAGAGAGGUUCAGAGGGAGAUGCUGCAGUCAGUCUCUGGGUCUCAGGAGGGGGAAGUCCAGGAUGAACCAGAGCCUCUCAUCAGCGGCCACAUGCUUCAGGCCGUGUUCAGCAUGCUCUGGUCCACGGUUGUCAUAGAGCUGUGGAAACGCCGCAGUUCCACACUGUCGUACAAGUGGGGCACACUGAACCUCGCAGAACGCUUCGCAGAGCCACGGCCGGGUUUCCACGGCGACCUCGGGGUCAACCCUGUGACCGGUCGUGUGGAGCCACUGUUCCCCGAAUGGAAGAGGGACCUGCGUAUGGCGCUGGUGUCUGUCCCGGUGGUGGGGCUGUUCCUAGGACUGGUGGUUCUGGGAAUGAUGUGUUUCUACUGGGCAGAGGCCCGGGUGAAGUGGCUGCACAAAGACUGGGACUCCAUGAUAUCUCAGACUUUUCUCUACGUGCCCUCAGUGCUCCAUAUUGUUUACACAAAUAUGCUUGCCACAGUUUACAGGAAAGUUGCAGAUUCUCUGACGGAAUAUGAGAAUCACAGAGAGGCGUCUGCCUACGACAACCAUCUGACAGGCAAAAUCUUAGUGUUCACCUUCUUCAAUAACUUUGCAGUGCUCUUCCAUAUUGCCUUCUUCAAGCAGGAUGUGCCGCUGCUUCGAAAGCGUUUAGCUUCUUUGCUGAUCAUCACUCAGCUGGUGAACCAGGUAACAGAGGUGGUCAUACCUUUCCUUGUGGACCGAUUCAUUAGCGCCCCCCACAGGAAAGAGAAGGAAGACGACCCAAAAGAGGACAAAUUUCGGAACCAAGGCACCCUGCCUACUUUUCCGGGGCUGUUUGCAGAAUACAUCGAGCUGCUGGUGCAGUUUGGGUAUUUGAGUCUUUUCUCAUGUGUGUUUCCUUUGACUGCUGUCCUGCUGCUCCUCAACAACCUAACAGAAAUCAGAUCGGACGCUUACAAAAUUUGCAAACUCUUCCGCAAACCCUUUUAUCCUCCUGUGGCCAGUAUGGGUGUGUGGAAGGUUGCCUUUGAGGUCUUGAGUUUUGUGUCAGUGGUGUCCAACUGCUGGCUACUGCUGCUGUCUCCGCGUCUGCAGAAGAUGAGUCAGGAGGCUGGGAUCAGCGGCACCAACCUUCUGAUGGGGGCUGUUAUGGUGGAGCAUGUCCUGAUGUUAGUAAAGGUGAUCAUGGCUGCCCUGAUACCAGAUGAGCCUGACUGGAUCCAGAAAAAGAGGGAGCAUAUUGAGUACACGUCCAUGCAAGCCCUCAGACAGCAGAGGCUGAAUGUUCAAGAGUCCUAAUUUUGUUUCAAGAUUGAAGUAGUGCUCAAUGCCUGGAGGUAAAACCAAAGAGGACAACAGAGCUCAAGAGUAGCCUAUAUCGACCCACAGCUGUGACUUUGCUCCAAGUGUUCUUGUUGACUUUACUAAUUCACAUAGUGCUUUUGCUAUUUAAACACAACAUUUUAUGCAUACUGCAAGUGCAAUUAACAAAAGCAUCUAAGAGUGUUUUUAUCCUUUAAAAUUCAGCAAAUGGAUUGCCAUGACUGCAUUUACUGCAUAGGAGUCUUGUGAGAGACUUUACUAAGGAUACAAGGAUUAUACAGUUAAUGUUUGAAAAACGGACACAGUUUUUGAAGUUACUCGUGCCAAAAAACAGGCAGAAUAUUUGCCUCAUUGCUGCCACCUGGUGACAAAAGGCAGUCAGUGUCCAGGAUUAAUUAGCAAGAGGAUAAUAUCAUUAAAAGGAAAGAGUGAGCUGACUUUAAAGUUGCUUUUAGCAAUAUCUGAUGUACAUCAUCCUUACCCAGGUAUAAUAAUAAUAAUAAUAAUAAUUAAUAAUAAUAAUAAUAAUGUUACCAGGGAUUCCUCUAAUUAUGCUGUAAUAACUCUUGGUGCAUCUCAAUGCAAUACAUGCUCCAAAACAUUAUGACCACAAAACAUUCCAUCUCUCGUAAACGUAACAAUAACAAGAUCCCACCAUAUGAAAUUGUAACUUUGCCCUCCUAAAUACUGUUCAUACCUCUUCUCACACACUAAACCACUUAAUUUGAAUGUCUAAAAACCACUUAUAGGUUAAGGGAUUAUUUUGAUUCUCAUCGGACAAGAAGAGUUGCAUUAUUGUGCCUAGAUUCAACCUUUGAAUUGCACAUCCAAGAAUCUGACUUUGAAAUAAUCUCUUAAGGGGGUUUUAAGUAGUACCUCUCCACACUUUUAGGAGGUAUUUUUUUCCUGGAAACUUAGCUGCUAGCUGUUUGUCUAUUUAAGCACCAGUACAAUAACUUGAAUAAAACGACAGAUACAUGUGUUAAAUAAAUGAAAGCAUUUUAAAAUAGUUAUCCACAUUUUUAAUCAAUUUAUUGAAAUAGAUUUUUAAAAAAUCUUUAACUCAAUUUUAUCCAUCGAAAGUAUUCGCCAGCAAGUUAAGCAAUGCCAAAGGGAAAAUGAUCGGUAUGCUCUGCAACUAAGUUUCUCUGCAGGUUACCAAUCAGAUCUUAAGAUGCUUAAAUUAUUUCAUGAUUGACUGUACCACAGAAAACAAAAACAUUUUAAACAAAUCCUACAUUUUCUAUGUGAUUUUUAAAAUUAACUUUGAAAAUUAACUAUAUUGAGUUUGCAUUUGUUAAGUCGCUGCUAAAUAGUUAUUCAUAUCUACUGAAUUGAGAYCAUUGGUAAUAACAAUUGA